CCAGCAGCGGUUAGUCGGUCUCCGUGUUUGCUGCUUAUUUGGGUUUUUAAACGGAACCGGUUCGGACAGAUGCUUUUGCUCAGAUGAAGAGGAGUCUCGCUGCAGAAGGAAAAGUUGCUCCUGACUUUUCUGCUCCACUUCCCUGAAAGUUGGCGCGUCAGCAGGGAGCUGCGUUCCCUGGGUAACCGCGCCACCUCGAAUGUAAAUAAGUUGCUGUGAAAUAAAUAAUGGGAACAAGUGUGGAGAUUUACAGUCUCUGAAUCAAACUCCGCACCCUUUGCUCCCAAAUAUGUUCAAUAAAAGAUUCCACAAAGGGAACAUAUGUUUGGCUGUUUGCCUGCGCCGCGCCGCUUUCCAAAGCCGGAUCCCGCUCCUGCAGUCGGGGCGAAGCGGGGCGCUGGGACAUGAAACAUUUAUGCUAAUUGUUGCGAAACUUCCCACAAAAGAGGCAAGAGGCUUCGGAGCGGAGCUGUCAGGUUGAGGAGCGGGAAUCAAAGGCCGCAGCUCUUUAAAGCUGCUGUAGCGACGCGCCGGCAUCAGGAGCCCGUCAGGCUGCAUUAGCGCAGACGGCCGUCACUCAGCCCUGCAGGCAGCGACUCCUCCAUCUCUGUCAGCCGCUCCAUCACCGCCGAGGCUGACACACAUGAAAGCCGGAUGCAGCUGCGGAAGCUCCGGAUGCUCCCGGAACGAACAUGAGACGCGGCGGCUCAGUCGGCGGCCAUGAAUCCCGGCUUCAAAGCUACACAAGCGGCGCUGCGCACAGAUUUCUGAGGAAAGAUGAUUCAACACGCUGCAGCUUUCAGCUGGAAAUAUUUGUUGUGUUUCCUGCUUCUGCUGUUCCGUGGAGCGGACUGCCGGACCGCCGGACCGUCCGGCGACAGAUCCUCACAGGCUACCCGGCCGGACUCGCCUCAGCACCGACCGGUUCAGCUGCCGGUCUGGAGCUGGUUUAACUGGGAGAGACAAGCGCUUCGUCAGGGUGGUGUGUUUCCUCAUCUCACCUGAAGGGGGCGCGGUCUGGGCCGGGCCCACAUCCAACUCCUGCCACCACCUGCAGGACUCCCGGUUCCGAUCAAACACCAUGAUGUUGAGCUGGGUGGUUAAAGUCGUCCCCCAGCCGCCUGAACUUCCAUCCAAAAACACUGAAGAUGCCAAGGAAGAAAAACCAGAAGCGGCCCCGCCCCCUGAUGUGGCCCCGCCCCCUGCACCAGAGAAGAAGGUGACGUUUGAAGAUGAGAGCAAGAAGGACGCUGCAAAAGCUGACAAACUGAAUCAGGAAGUUGAGGCGUCUGCAGGGAACGGUCCGGGUCCAGGCAUGCUGACCUGGAUCAGCAGUGCUCUCCCUCUGCCGGCGCCGUUGGCCAACCAGAACCGGGCCAACUCCACCCCCAAGGAGGAAGCAGCAGCCAGCAAGCCUGACGAUGAGAAAGGGAUGAUGGCCUGGAUCUCUCAGGGUUUGGAGAAAGUUGUUCCUCAGCCUGAACUGAGGAGCAGAGAGUCUCCGGCGGCCGAGCAGGUGCAGCAAGCAGCAGCUCCAGCAGAAGCUCAGAGUGCCGGGAAGGAGCUGGAGCCGGUGGACCAGAGCUCUCCACCCAGCAUGAUGGACUGGAUCAAACACGGCAUUGUGAAGGUGGUUCCUCAUCCGGAGAGCCUCCCAAAGGCUGAAGGAACCAGCAAGUCUGAAGCUCCGUCUAAAGCGCCCCCUGCAGUUCCUCCUCCGGCCACCAGACCCAUUCCGGUGACAGAACCUGCAAAGGAAGCAGAGCAGCAGCCAAACAUGGUGGGUUGGAUCGUCAGUGGGAUCGGCCGCAUGCUGCCGCAGCCCGUCCCCAGGCCGGAAACAGGAAGUGAUGACAUGCAGAACAUCAGCGGCACUCAGAAGAUGAGUGACUUGGUGCUGGAGGACCUGGAAGAGGCGCAGCAGGAGGUGCCGACUGUGAAGGAGGUGGACGUUGCCGAGCCGCUGACUCCGAUGGACGGCGUGAAGAAGGAAGCAGGCGACGGCGCUCACAUGGAGGAAAGGCUGCAGCGGCUGGAGGCGGCCCGCGUCGCCGAGGAGAUGGCCCGGCAGGCGGCGGCAGAGGCGGUCCGGCAGCUGGAGGUGGAGCGUUCGGCCAGGAUCGUCAUAGAAACGCUGCCGGAGUCCAACGACCAGCUGCCCAACAUCCUGGAGGAGGAGAACGAGGACGAACCGGAGUGUCUGGUGGACGUCUGCCCAGCUGAAGAGAAGCAGGUGGAGGCUCUGGCCCCGCCCACUGCACCUGAGCCAGCAGACCAGGUGACUCCUUCGUCCACUGAUGUGGAGCCGGCAUCAGAGCGGAGAGAUCUGGAGAGUCCCAUAACCCAACAACCAGAACCGCACCUUGAAGAGGCCCCUGCCCACACUGCAGAGCAGAGCGAAGCAGCAGCAGGAGAAGAAGAGGCAGGAGAAUCUGGAGGAAGCUGCAGGAACGCUGACGCUCCGGCGCUGAUGCUGCAGGCUGCAGAUCCGGACGAGCUGCACAGACUCAACCUGAGCAUCCCGCAGAUAAUCACAACCCCAGAACCGGAGCCCAGCACACUGAUGGUGCCUCAGCUCAGAGCCGACCCGACGGCAGGCCAGGAGGACGAGGAGCUGCUGAAGGCCCGGUCCGGUCAGGGAGACGACGAGAUGCGGCCGCAGUCCGCCGCCAGCGUGGCCAGCGUCACGGUCCAGGAACGCCUCAACCAGCUGGUCGGGCUCUUCAAGGGCCGGACGGAGCGGCACAAAGACCGCCUGGCGGAUCCCGACGAGUCCGAGGAGGAGAGCCCCACUGCCUCUCCUGCUAAAGCUCCGCCGGCUCCUCCGCCGCCUCCGCCUGGAGAGGAGAAGAAGGACGAACCGGACCCGCCACAGGAGGCGGGUCUGUUCCAGUUUGAACUCCUGGGACAUCCAGUCCAGCUGCCCAAACUUCCCCCGAUGCCCGACUGGCUGCGGUCCGUCCUGGAGUACCGCUUCCCGUCCAGCAUUGAUCCAUUCACUGACCUCAUCUAUGUGAUCUGGCUGUUCUUCGUGGUGGCGGCCUGGAACUGGAACGUGUGGCUGAUCCCGGUGCGCUGGGCGUUCCCCUACCAGACGCCGGACAACAUCCACCUGUGGCUGCUGGCCGACUACGCCUGCGACUUCAUCUACAUCGCAGACAUCCUGGUCUUCCAGCCGCGGCUGCAGUUCGUCCGCGGCGGAGACAUCGUGUGUGACAAGAAGGACAUGAGGGAGCAUUACAUGACCACGGAGCGGUUCAAGAUGGACGUCCUCAGCCUGUUCCCCAUGGAGAUACUUUACUACUUCACAGGAGUGAACUCCCUGCUGCGCUUCCCCCGCCUGCUGAAGUACGUGGUUUUCUUUGAGUUCAACGACCGGAUGGAGGCCGUGAUGAAGAAGGCCUACAUCUACAGGGUGAUCCGGACCUCCACCUACCUGCUCUACUCGCUGCACAUCAACGCCUGUCUCUUCUACUGGGGCUCCGACUACGAGGGUCUGGGAUCGACCAAGUGGGUCUACGACGGGAAAGGCAACGCUUACAUCCGAUGUUACUACUUUGCUGUGAAGACGCUGAUCACCAUCGGAGGGCUGCCGGACCCCACCACCGUCUUUGAGAUCUGCUUCCAGCUCAUCAACUACUUUGUGGGCGUGUUUGCGUUCUCCAUCAUGAUUGGCCAGAUGAGGGAUGUGGUGGGAGCAGCGACCGCAGGAGAGAACUACUACCGGGCCUGCAUGGACAGCACCGUCAAGUACAUGAACUCCUACAGCAUUCCCCAGGAAGUCCAGAACCGGAUCAAGACUUGGUACGACUACACCUGGAAGAGCCAGGGCAUGCUGGAUGAACAGGAGCUCCUGAUUCAACUUCCCACUAAGAUGAGGCUGGACAUCGCCGUGGACGUCAACUACUCCAUCGUCAGCAAAGUGGCUCUGUUUCAGGGCUGCGACCGGCAGAUGGUGUUCGACCUGCUGACCAGGCUGAAGUCUGUCGUCUACCUGCCAGGAGACUUCGUGUGUAAGAAGGGGGAGAUCGGACGGGAGAUGUACAUCAUCAAGCAGGGGGAGGUUCAGGUGGUUGGCGGGCCGGACCUGGAGACUGUGUUCGUCACCAUCAGAGCCGGUUCCGUGUUCGGAGAGAUCAGCCUGCUGGCGGGGGGCGGAGGGAACCGGCGCACCGCCAACGUGAAGGCGCACGGCUUCGCCAACCUGUUUAUCCUGGACAAGAAGGACCUGGCAGAGAUUCUGGUCCACUACCCCGAGUCCCAGAAGCUGCUGCGCAAGAAGGCCAAGACGAUGCUGACCAAAGACAAGAAGCCGGAGGAGAAGGAGACGCGUAAGGAGGCGGCCGAGGUCAUCCCCCCCCGACCCGACACCCCCAAACUGUUCAAGGCCGCCCUGAAGGUCACGGAGCGCGCCGGCAUCGAGGGAACAUUCGCCAAGAUGAAGAAGGUUUACCAACCGGCUGAGGGCCAAACGGAGGCUCCGCCCCCCAUCUCUCCGGUGCCGCCCCCUUCUCCGAUGCACCGCCGCUCUCCAGUCCCGCGCUCGGCUCCGGAGGACAUGGACGAGUCGGUGGCAGAGACGGCGGACAGCUCCGUCAUCAUCAGGAUGACGCCGCGGCAGGAAGGGGAGGAGCUUCUGACGGUGGAGGUGUUGGAGGAAGGAGCAAAGAGGGAGAAGGAGGAGGAGGGAUGAGGAAGCUGCAGUACCACCUUCGGCCACAUGGGUAGCUAACUGGCCUCAGAGGGGGCGCUGUUUCCCCAGGAGAGGAAACGUCAAAAUAACAGACUCAGUUUCCCAGAGUUCAUAGCUUUUGUUCUGCUGUCUGCCUCUGAACUGAAGCUUUUAGAUGCAGUCUGAUGUUUAUUAGAGAGGAUGAGGAGCGGGCGAUGAAGAGUAAAUGAUGAAGAGCAGCGUUGCUUCUGAAUCGAUGACGAUGGGCUGAAACAUCUGCGGCUCCAACACAAACAAUCAUCCUGAAAAUAUUUUCUAGUUUUGUUUUCCUCAGAAAUAUAUUUUAAAAAUGAGUCUGACUCUCUGAGGGUGUACUUACUUACUUACUAUAAUUAACUCAGUCAAAGGCCUGCUAACAGGAGCAAACAAGCUGCAAACACAUGAAUGAACUCCCAACCAUAACAAAACGCUGCAACCAUGGGAAUUAAAAACAAAAUGGAAAAUUCUGCUAAAAGUAAAAACAGCAGCAAAAAUGAAAGAACUGCAACCUGGUUCCACCAAACGGAGUCCUCCAGACCACUAGGGGGAGUCACAUAGGAACUGGAGGAAGAAAGAAACAGGCGCGCUAAACUUCAUGUCAUUUACAACAGCAGCAUAUCCACAUAGGCAACAUUACCGACUGCAGUCUCCCCCUGGUGGUCUGGAUGACCUCUGCUCUGUAGCGUGAGUGGGAAGUUUUUUAUACUUCCUGUCUUUUGAUAUUUAUGCCAUUUCCCCUUUGCAUCAAUUUCCUGAAUUUGCCAAAUUUUUAUUUUCGGUGUUUUUCUGUUUAAUGGUUGCAGCGUUUACACCAGCUCUGUUCAGUCCCCUUUAAUCCGACUCCGGUCCAUUUGUCUACAAACUCUGGUUCGUUUUCAGAUCGUUAAUCCGUUAUUGACCUCUGACCUCUGGUCCUCCAGACCUCGGUCUGGGUUCGGUUGAAGUAAACGCCAAGCGGAUCAGAGACCGCUCCACAAACAGGAAGUGAACUACAGCGUAGGGCAUUCUGGGUAAAUACAACCAAAGCUAAUGUGCUA